AUCGUGUCCAAGAACGCGAUGCAGUACCGCGGGAACGCCCAGCACGAUGCCCAGGAGUUCCUGCUUUGGCUCCUCGACAGAGUCCACGAGGAUCUGAACAACGCGGUGAAUUCCGGCGGAAUGCCUCCACUCAAGCCACCACUGGAGGAUGAUGUGCUGCUCGAGGGCCCAGCCUUCCCCAUCAGUAGCACUUUCGUGCAGGAACUCUUUCAAGCCCAGUACAGGUCCUCCCUGACGUGCCCUCAUUGCCAGAAGCAGAGCAACACCUUUGACCCUUUCCUCUGCAUCUCGCUGCCGAUCCCGCUGCCCCACACACGGCCUCUCUACGUCACUGUGGUGUACCAGGGCAAGUGCUCGCACUGCAUGCGGAUCGGGGUGGCAGUGCCCAUCUCGGGAACGGUGGCCAGGCUGCGGGAGGCUGUCUCCUCGGAAACCAAGAUACCCACGGAGCAGAUCGUGCUGACAGAGAUGUACUACGAUGGCUUCCAUCGCUCCUUCUGCGACACCGAUGACCUGGACACCAUCCAUGAGAGCGACUGCAUUUUUGCCUUUGAGACCCCAGAGAUUUUCAGGCCCGAGGGCAUCCUCAGUCAGAGGGGAAUACAUGUGAACAAUAACCUGAAUAACUUGAAAUGUGGCACUGAGCACUCCCGAACAAUAGCUUACUCUCAAGGAACAGUGAAGUCUGGAAAACUGGAACAGUCCUCUACUAAACCAGCAGCAAAUGACAAGAUUGUCUUGCUGGUGUGUAACAGAGCGUGCACUGGACAGCAGAGCAAAAGGUUUGGCUUGCCCUUUGUGUUGCAUUUGGAAAAAACAAUUGCUUGGGAUAUUCUACAGAAGGAAAUUCUGGAGAAGAUGCAGUAUUUCCUGCGGCCUGCAGCCUGCAUGCAGGUUUGCCCAUUUAGCUUGCGAGUGGUCAGUGUUGUGGGCAUAACGUACUUGCUACCUCAGGAGGAGCGACCCCUCUGCCACCCAACAGUGGAAAGGGCAUUGAAGUCAUGUGGACAGGGGGGAACCGCUCAUGUGAAAUUAGUGGUAGAAUGGGACAAAGAAACUAAAGAUUACUUGUUUGUGAAUACAGAAGAGGAGUAUAUUCCAGACUCUGAAAGCGUCCGCCAGCAGAGAGAGCUUCAUCAUCAACCUCAGAUCUGCACUUUAUCUCAGUGUUUCCAACUGUACACCAAAGAGGAACAGCUUGCCCCAGAUGAUGCGUGGCGAUGCCCACACUGCAAGCAGCUGCAGCAGGGUAGCAUCACUUUGAGCCUCUGGACCUUACCUGAUGUUCUCAUCAUACAUCUCAAAAGGUUUAGACAGGAAGGAGACCGAAGGAUGAAACUUCAGAACAUGGUUAAAUUCCCCCUGAGUGGCUUGGACAUGACUCCUCAUGUUGUGAAACGCAGCCAGAGCAGCUGGAGUCUGCCAUCCCACUGGUCACCUUGGAGGAGACCCUAUGGCCUUGGCAGGGAUCCUGAGGACUAUAUCUAUGACCUGUAUGCUGUCUGCAACCACCAUGGCACCAUGCAGGGGGGACACUAUACAGCAUAUUGCAAGAACUCUGUUGAUGGCCAGUGGUACUGCUUUGAUGACAGUGAAGUUCAGCAGCUUUCUGAGAGCGAAGUCUGCAAGCAGACAGCUUACAUCCUGUUCUACCAGCGACGCACAGCGAUCCCCUCCUGGUCUGCCAACAGCUCGGUGGCAGGCUCUACGAGCUCCUCGCUGUGUGAGCACUGGGUCAGUCGCCUCCCUGGCAGCAAGCAGCCCAGCAUCGCCUCGGCCGCCUCGUCGCGCCGCACAUCCCUUGCCUCGCUCUCGGAAUCCGUGGAGCUGACUGGGGAACGGAGUGAAGAUGAUGGAGGAUUUUCAACUCGGCCCUUUGUAAGGAGUGUCCAGCGUCAGAGCUUGUCAUCCAGGUCCUCUGUCACCAGCCCACUGGCAGUGAGUGAAAAUGGUGUCAGGCCCUCGUGGUCACUCUCUGCAAAACUGCAGUUCCGCUCCAACUCCCCGUCACGCUUCUCCGGAGAUUCCCCAGUACAUACCUCUGCUUCCACCCUGGAGAAGAUUGGGGAGGCUGCUGAUGAUAAAGUCUCCACUUCGUGCUUCGGCAGUCUGAGGAACCUUUCCAGCAGCUACUUGGAGCCCUGUGACAACAGCCGUCGAGAGCACAAGACGGCUCGCAGAGCCCCUUUGGCUGUCAUGGAAGGGGCGUUCAGGGAAGAGUCCGUUGUAAGGACAUCUAGCUCAGACCUUUCAGAUGGGUGUGGGAAAAGUUCUGUGCAGCCAGACAGGAAUCACCCUGCUCUGGACCCUUUUGAUAACAACAAUCAAAUCGCCUUUGUUGACCAGAGCGAUUCUGUGGACAGCUCCCCAGUGAAGGAGGUGAAAGCCCCCAGUGGGACAGGACUGGCUGCAGAGAAGGCACAUGGCACCCCUAAGAAGGGUCACAGCUCCAAGGGAGCUUCUGAGCCAGACAAAAGUUUGAGGAAGGGAAGGACAGUCUUACCUACCCAAGAGACCAAAGUCUCUCACUCUUCUCCUCCACCGAAGAGUUCCCAGAAGGUUUCCCGGUCUAGAAGUAAGACGGACUCUUCUAGGGCCAGCGGGCGCCAUGGGUCUCCUGCUCCUGCUCAGGCUAGGAGGGACCACAGCACGAGGCCCCUGGAGGCGUCUGCCCCAUCGGCUCAACAGAAGCAAAAGUCAGGUGGUUCUCCAUCCUCCACAGCUGCCAAGAAAGCCCCAUCAGGCUCAUUGACUAAGGGCUCUUCCACUGGGAAGAGCCGGACUUCCGACCGCAGCCUCAGCAGGGAGGGUUCCAAAAUCAGUCUGGGGUCGGAUAAAACGAGCGUUACCAGCAGCUCGAGAACGAGCUCCCCACGGAUCAGCCACUCCAGGAGCGACAGCAGGGCAGUGGACAGCAAGCACGUGCGGAGCUCUUCCAUGGCCAACCUGCGGUCUCCUAACGCUGGGGCGCGUUCUGGUUUGAAGAGGGACAGCAAGUCAGAAGAGAAGGGGUUGUCUUUCUUUAAAUCAGCCUUAAGGCAGAAGGAGACGAGGAGGUCAGCAGACCUGGGGAAGACAACAAUGCUCUCAAAAAAGACAGGGAGUGUCAGUUCCAAGUCAGGCAGUAAAAAUGUGCUGGAGGACAAACCAGAGAAAGGUGUUGUCCCACCAGCCUCCCAAACCAAUGCCAAUGUUACUGCGAAUGAGAAACUUGCCCCAAAAGAUGCCACACCCAACAAACAUUCUCUGCUAUCCAGUCGCAAGUCCAAGUCUUCCCAGCUAGAACCCGGAGUCCAGUCUCCUCCUUCCAGUGGCAAGCAGCCUGCUGACAAGCCGCUGAAAAAAUUACCUUCCAGCAUGCAGGUGUCUGUACGGCCUUCUCUGGAACCUCAGUGA